AUGUGCCACUUUCAGGUCUCUUCACACUGCUGGUGUGUUCAAUUUUUUGACAUAGGGUGCUGGCAGAUUACGGGCCUCCCAUAGCUGCUGCCAGGCCCCUAAUCUGCCAUGGGCCCCUAUAUACCGCCUCCUCAUGCUGCUGCCAAGUCCAGAGUCUCUCAUGGGUCCCUGUACGGCCUCCCAUUGCUGCUGUCUCCAUCGCCACACUCUGCCAUGUGCCACUUUCAGGUCUCCUCACACUCCUGCUGGUUUCCAUUUUGUCAUAGGUUGCUGUAUGGCCUCCCAUUGCUGCUGCCUCCACCGCCACACUGUGGCUCCAAACACUGGUUUUGGCCCCGUGACUGGCCAAAUGAGUGAAGUGUGCGGUGAUUCUAAGAUCGACGGCACUCAUCUGCAUGUCAUACUG